UGUUGUGGCGCCAGUGGCGGCGGUGUGGGGCGCGGGGCGGCCGGCGUGGUGUGUGUGUGUGUGUGUGUGUGUUGACAACAUGGCGGCACAGAAGCGGGGAGCUGGACCCACGGGCUGGCCAAAAAACUCCACGCCACCCUCCUACGGCGCCAAGUACAACGGAAAUCCAUCCAUGGCUCUCAACAGAACUAUCAGUUUGUACCCACUCACAAACUACACAUUUGGAACCAAGGAUGCACUGUAUGAGAGAGACCCCAGUGUGCCAGCAAGGUUCCAGCGAAUGCGUGAAGAAUUUGACAAGAUUGGAAUGAGGCGGAGUGUUGAGGCAGUGCUGCUGGUUCACGAACAUGGACUGCCACACGUCCUGCUGCUGCAACUUGGCACAACAUUCUUUAAACUGCCGGGUGGAGAGCUGGACACAGAAGAGGAUGAAGUGGAGGGCCUCAAGCGACUACUGACAGAGACCCUUGGGCGGCAGGAUGGGGUCAAGCAGGAGUGGGUCAUUGAAGAUAUAAUAGGGAACUGGUGGAGACCAAACUUUGAGCCUCCACAAUACCCUUAUAUUCCCUCACACAUCACCAAACCCAAGGAACAUAAAAAGCUCUUCUUAGUCCAACUUGGAGAAAAGGCCCUGUUUGCAGUACCAAAAAAUUAUAAGCUUGUCGCUGCACCUUUAUUUGAACUUUAUGACAAUUCACAAGGAUAUGGACCAAUUAUAUCAUCUCUACCACAAGCUCUUUGCAGAUUCAAUUUUACUUAUAUGUAAGUUCCUGUGUAGUUUAAUGAUUAUGAGUAAGGAAUUUUAAACUAAAACACUACAGUUUGAUAUUUUAACAAAAUUUGUAUAUUUUGUUUUAUUCAUGUAAUACUGUAUCUAGUUUUCAAACUGUUCUCAAAUCAAGAAGGAAUACUAGCUUCUGUAUUCUUUUUUGAUAUCAUAGUGUUCACAAAUAUCACUUUGUUUCUACAGAUACUAUUUGCAUCUCUUCUGUUUGAACCUUGUUACUUUUUUUUUUUUUUUUUAAUUAUGAAGAAAACCAUAAAUAUCUGAGAAAUAGUAUUUUUUGUUGUAAUGUGAGGUGUUUCCAUGGAGGCUUGAGUGUGAGGUGACUGAAGCACUGUCAGCUCUGCCAUCUCUACCUGACAACCUGACUCAAUACAAAAAGUACACACGAGUGAGGCACUUGGUACUGCAUGGGACUUCUCACAAGUGUGGCAGCACAAUGGAGACUGAACUUGGCAUUACAUGUGUUGCUCAGCCUAGUUUGACAGCCACUAUGCUGAUGGUACAAAAUAUUUUGUAAUUAUUCUUAGACUUUCUUCAAUGUAAUGUCAUCAAGAAAAAAAUUUACUAGUGACUAGAGUGGUGGAUUUAAUGUAUGUGAUUUUCAUUCCAUGUGAAGUGUCAAUUAAGACCAAUUAAAUUAUACGUUUGUCAA